AUGACAAACCCUGAAGCAAAACAAGAACAAAACAUCAACCAGCCAGAAAUCCCUGACCACUCGGCUAUAAUUCCUAACCAAAUCCUUGAACCCCAACCAGCCUUGUUAAAAAGGGAAAUGAGCAAACACAGGGUGAUGAGCUCAAGAGUCCUCGGAGAGGAUACCGAAAAAGUAAGAGAUGAGAUCUCAAUAGGAGAAUUUGAAGGGGAUCAAAUCCUUAAAAUACAAUGCUCACAAAAUGAAGAAUACUCAAAAGUCCUUGAAAGAAGUGUGGUAGGGGUGGCCUGUCCCUAUACCCCAGCAGAUGUAAUCAUGGAGCACAUCCUCUCGGAGGGAGUGAACAAUCUAUCAAUCCAAACCAUGGGUGGAAUGCUACAUUUAAUUACGUUUGAAUCAUUAGAGGAAAAGGAGGCUAUGCUGAAAUGUGAGUGGUUACUCAGAUGGUAUCAAGAUCUCAGAAAUGUGAACAGUCGAAGCGCAUCGCUAUGGAGAGAAACAUGGCUAACAAUCUAUGGAGUUCCGCUGAUUGCUUGGAGUUACGAAACAUUUUACAAUAUUGGUUGUAUUUACGGGAAAGUCUUGUCAGUUGACUAUUCAAGGAAAGAUCUUGGGAGAAUCAUGAUCUUAUCUGAUUGUUUUUUCACAAUAAACAAUCCAAUUCUAAUUGAAGUCAAUGGGAAAGUAACAAAAGUCUUCGUAGUGGAAGAACCCCAAAUUCACUCCCACAAAAAAGAUUCUGGAUGCUUUGAAGUCAAACAAGAUGUUGACAUUUCAUCGGAUCAGAGUUUGUCUGAUGAUGAAAAGAUGGAUGAUGGUGACAUUCCAGUAGCAGAACCAGAACGUGACAUCAGCAAACCUCCAUUAACAGCAGACCAAGAGACAAGGGGUAAUGAUGGGUCUGGUAGCCCAAUCAUCUCUCUGGGAACCACAAAUCAACCACCUAUCAUUAACUCUCCCUUGAUUAAUCUACCGCCGAAAUAUCCCACUCCCAAUGUUCCUCUUGGGAAUAGAUCCCCAGCCAACUCCCCUACUGAAUCAAAACUCGAAUGCGUCUCUGAAAAGAUGAUAUUUUCAAUAUGGAAAUAUCCAGACAUAGAAUUUAUUUUUAGUCCAUCAGAUGGAAGUUCUGGGGGUCUCAUCACAGUGUGGAGGAAUUCUUUUUUCUUGAAAGAUAGCACACGGAUAGAGAGGAAUUGGACUGCGAUAGAAGGCACCCUUUUAUCCGAAAAUUUUCAUUGCAUGCUAGUAAAUAUCUACAACUCAUGUGAUAGUGACUUGAGAGCUCUGACUUGGAAAGAGAUUGAAAAUCAUUGCUCCAGUAUUAAACUACCAUGCUUAAUUAUGGGGGAUUUUAACGAAAUACUAGAUAGGAGCGAUAGAGGAAGUGGGUGCAUUGAUCCUGCUGGUUCCCUAGCCUUCAAAACCUUCAUAUCGGACCUGCAAUUGUUAGAAAUCAAUGCGGUUGACGGUUGGUUCACAUGGUUUAGAGGGGCAUCUAAGAGUAAGCUAGACAGAUGUUUUGUUCAAACUGAAUGGAUAGCCGCAUUCCCGAACCUCAAAUCUUCCAUCCUCAAAAGAAACCUCUCAGACCAUUGUCCUCUCCUAGCCCAUUCUCAUGAAAUCGACUGGGGGCCCAAACCAUUCAGAUUUAUCGAUGCCUGGCUAUCACAUAAAGGAUGUUUGGAGGUUGUAGAAAAAGCCUGGAAAGAAGCCAUUGAUGUGCCCAUAAUGGAAAAAUUAAAGACAGUUAAAAAGGAGCUUAAAGCAUGGAACAAGCAGGUUUUUGGCAACAUUGAUGACAAAAUCUCAUCCCUUGAACAGGAGAUUCACAAGUGGGAUAGCCUAGCCAAUUCGCGGGACCUAAUGGAACCUGAAUUAAAGGAAAGAACCUGGGCUCAAGGGGAGCUAUGGGAUUGGCAUAAAAAAAGAGAGAUGCUUUGGGCACAAAAAUCCCGCGUACAAUGGCUAAAGCUUGGUGACAAGAAUACCAAAUUCUUUCAUAUAUGUGCAUCAGUCCGAAGAUCCAAGAACAAUAUAUCUUCGCUUCAGCUCAAUGGAGUGAAAGUCUCCAACCCGGAAUCUAUCAAAAAGGAAGCUGUUAGCUUCUUUAAAGAAUUAUUCAAAGAAGAACCCUUUCCCAGACCUACCUUCUCGGGUCUUGAUUUUCCAAAAUUAUCAGUGGUCCAAGCCGAAAAUCUUGUAGCGCCCUUCUCUCUUGAGGAAAUUGAUAGUGCAGUGACAGCAUGUAACUCAAAAAAGGCCCCUGGGCCUGAUGGUUACAAUUUUGGAUUCAUCAAAGCGGCCUGGAAUAUUAUUAAAACUGACGUUUAUUUACUUGUGCAGGAAUUUUGGCAAACAGGAAAGCUUCCUAAAGGAAGCAAUAUGGCUUUCAUCACACUCAUCGCAAAAAUAAAAAAUCCGAAUGGUUUUAAGGAUUACAGACCUAUUUCCAUGGUGGGCAGUAUUUACAAGAUAAUAGCAAAGCUUUUGACCCAGAGGUUGAAACAGGUGAUGAGUUCGCUGGUUGGGCCGCUUCAAACCUCUUUUAUUGAAGAUAGGCAAAUCUUGGAUGGAGCUCUAAUUGCUGGUGAACUCUUUGAUUCGUAUAAACGCAAUAACAAGAAAGCAAUAUUUCUCAAGAUUGAUUUCCACAAAGCCUUUGAUAGCGUUUCAUGGGCCUUUCUGGAAUGGAUUCUUGCACAAAUGGGUUUCCCUCCUCGUUGGUGCAAGUGGAUCUCAGCAUGUGUCACCUCCGCAGCGGCAUCGAUUCUCCUUAAUGGAUCCCCAACAGCCCCAAUCAAGCUUCAACGGGGUCUCCGGCAAGGAGACCCUCUCUCCCCCUUCCUAUUUGUGUUAGCAGUAGAGGUGUUGAAUUUAAUGGUUAAAAAAUCAACUGAGUUGAACAAGUGGACGGGAUUAGAAAUUACUAAAGGAGGCUCCACUUUGACGCACCUCCAGUAUGCCGAUGAUACAAUUCUCUUCUCCCCGCCUAGUGUCAAAUCACUCCUCAAUAUCCGGAACACCUUACUGCUUUUUCAAUUGGCAUCGGGAUUAAAAAUAAACUUUCACAAGAGCGAGAUUUUGGGAAUCAACAUUCAUGACUCGUGGCUAAGCAUGGCGGCAGCAAAGUUGUGUUGUAGGGUAGGGAAAUUCCCACUCAUCUAUUUAGGGCUCCCAAUUGGAGGAAGCAUUUCUAGGCUCAAGCUAUGGGAUCCCAUAAUUGAGAGAAUGAAAUCGAAGUUAGCAACUUGGAAAGGCAAAUUAUUAUCAAUUGGGGGAAGGCUCACCUUGAUCAAAUCAACUUUGUCAAGUCUCCCAAUGUAUUUCAUGUCCAUCUUUCCCAUACCAAAAGGGGUGGUGGAGAAAAUAAAUAGAAUCCAAAGGAGUUUCUUCUGGCAUGGUGGGGUGGAUAAAAAAGGCGGCGCACUGAUUAAAUGGAAAAUUCUUCAACUACCGAAAUUGAUGGGAGGGCUGAAUGUGAGCAAUCUGGCAGACAGGAAUUUGGGCCUUCUCCUCAAAUGGGUCUGGCGCUAUUGUAGCGAGCCCAAGUCUCUAUGGAGACUCCUAGUACAAGAAAAAUAUAAAUAUCCUCACAUUAUGAAUAUGGCAGAUUUUCAAACAAUCAAUCAUGGGGGCCCUUGGAGAACAAUCUGCAACCACCUACAUAGCCACCCAGCUUCACUGAGAUUAUUAAAAUCAGCCUCAAGGGUCACAGUGGGAAACGGGGAAGACACACAUUUUUGGCACAGUAUAUGGCUCUCGAAUGAGCCCCUGAAAUAUAAAUUUCCAAGGCUCUUCCGGAUUUCGGGCCUUCCAUUUGCCUCAGUAGCAUCAAUGGGCUUUUGGGAAGGCGGCAUCUGGCAAUGGAAUUUUCAGUGGACUAGAUCUUUCCGGCCGCAAGACGAGAUUGAAUGGGCCUCUCUCUCCCGUCUCAUCCAUCAAGUCUCUCUCUCUCCUCUUUCGAAAGACUCGUUGAUCUGGACCCCUAAUAAGGCGGGAAUUUUUUCAGUCAAAUCAGCUUAUGAGGAACUGUCGAAGGAGUACGAGCCUCGCCUGGUAAGGGUUGCAAAAAAACUUUGGAAAAACUUGGUUCCCCCCAGAAUUGAAAUCUUCUUGUGGCUUGCUCUAUUGGAAAAGAUAAACACAAAGGAAAACUUGGUGCGCAGGAAAAUCCUCCCACAUGAGGAAAAUGUUUGCCCGCUCUGUAAUUCGUCUCCGGAAAAUGUAUCUCAUCUUCUCAUACAUUGUCCUUUCUCACAAUGUAUUUGGCAAUGGUGGUGCAACCUAUGGAAUCUCAAGUGGGUUUGGCCAGCCCAUCUAGAACCGGCUUUCUUGCAAUGGGCUUUUCCCGGUAAAAAUAAGUUCUUCAAGAACGUAUGGCAAGCGUGUUUUAUGGUAAUCAUAUGGUCCUUGUGGAAAGAACGAAAUGAACGAAUCUUCAACCAAACUUCUUGUACAACAACCGAAAUCCAGAAUCUCAUCCUUGUAAGACUAUGCUGGUGGAUUAAGCCAUGGAAGAGCUCCUUCCCAUACUCAGUGAAUGAUGUCUUGAGGAACCCAUCAUGCUUAAUGUGGAGGGAGAUCUCACCUCACCUUCGGCCCACUCUAAAGCCAUCUCACCAAUGGGCUGCCCCACGAUCAUCCAUGCUAAAAUGGAAUGUCGAUGCUUCUUUUAACCCAAACUCUCACAGAUCUGCAAUAGGUGGGGUUCUCCGGAACGACCAAGGUGUCUUUGUAUGUGUCUUCUCCUGCCCUAUUCCUCCCAUGGAAAUAAACUCAGCGGAAGUACUGGCUAUCCACCGGGCCAUUCAAAUCACACUCAACAACGAUAAUUUCAAACUUUGCAGCAUCGAGAUUGAAUCAGAUUCCCAAAAUGCAGUGAAAUGGUGCUCGGAGGCGAAGGGAGGCCCUUGGAACCUAAACUUUAUCUUAAACUUUAUUAGAUCCGCUCCCAAAAGAGGUCUCUCCCUCUCAAUCGCGCAUAAAACAAGAAACACCAACCUUGUGGCAGAUGCACUAGCUAAGCAAGGGCUCUCAAGAGGAUCAGACUUCGUGGCAUGGCUCUAA